CCGGCGUGCUCGAGAUAGUGCUUCAAAGUCAAUUCGCCCCCACUCUGUAUGAAAUCAGCUUCACCAUCAAGAACGGCGUGGGGCUGAACUUCACACUGACCAUUUUUGUUGAGAAUGGCAAUCUGAUAGUUGAGGUGAGAUCAAAGAAAAUAAGCUUGAAAAUCUUCAGAUUAUCGUUUCCUUAAGUUUUGAAAUUAUUACUAAUGUUGCAUUUAGUUGUACUUCAAAAUAAACAAAUAAUGUAAUGCAUGUCCCACACUGACCAGGAUUGAACUCUUCGCAGGCCACAUAACAUUACAAUAUCAAAUGAAAUAAACACCAAAUAAAUUAUAUUAAUUGGUUCUCAUUGAUCUAUUAUUCAUUAAAUUAUCAGAGACGGCUGAUAACACAUGCCGUACACGCAUAAAUAAAUUGUUUAGACUGAAUUUAAAUAUAACUUUUAAAAAAUAAAAAAUAUUUGUAUGUGGCCAGAGGGUUUUCCCUCCCUGCUCUAAUUCUUAUUUGAAAGUAUAAUGUCGAACCUUAAUCUGAAUUUCCAUCAAUAAUUUUGUUUCCAGCAACACCAGAUCAGAGAAGACCCCUUCACGUUCAGCAAAAAGUAUAUGAGUUAUUUUGAUAAGAUCACAAUCACCACCACAGCAACAAUCUCAUUACUGAGCUUGGUAGUCUGCUAUGAGCCUGAAGGUAAAUACAAUGACAGAAGUCCUGUUGGGGUUAUAAUCCUAAGUAUAAAAUUGCAGUAUUGCAUCAGAUCCAAGUUACCUAAGUCCUUGUGACUAUUAGCUAUAGAAGUUGAAAUGAUGAAUCUUAUCUAAUUUGUAGAAGAAAUAUCUAGGAUCAAGGAAACUGGAGUCUCAUAACUAAGGCUAAGUGAACAGGAGUCUCAUAACUAAGGCUAAGUAAACAGGAGUCUCAUAACUAAGGCUAAGUGAACAGGAGUCUCAUAACUAAGGCUAAGUGAACAGGAGUCUCAUAACUAAGGCUAAGUAAACAGGAGUCUCAUAACUAAGGCUAAGUGAACAGGAGUCUCAUAACUAAGGCUAAGUGAACAGGAGUCUCAUAACUAAGGCUAAGUAAACAGGAGUCUCAUAACUAAGGCUAAGUAAACAAGAGUCUCAUAACUAAGGCUAAGUAACCAGGAGUCUCAUAACUAAGGCUAAGUAAACAGGAGUCUCAUAACUAACUCUAAUACAUUUUUGUGCUUGGACACCUUAGAGGGAGAUUAUAAUUUCUGAAAUUAUUAUAUUAUUCCUUUAAAUGCAAGAAAUGUUGAAAUGUAUGUGAACUGUGCCAGGUCUGGUAACAUUAUUUUAUUUUCUUCCUGCAGAAACAAUAACCUCUACUCCUUUUGAAACAACAACUCCACAAGGUACUUCAAUAUCCAUUUAGUCAUGGGCCUUUAUUUGUUUAACCCUUUCAUUAGUGCUGGUCUCGGGUAUCGAUUUUUGCUGACUCAGCGUGUUUUGUGUGUGUGUGUGUAAAAGAAGAAAUUUUCGAUAUUUUUCAUCAUCUAUUGGAUUUGCUUUUUAACUUCUUUAUAGAUUAACUUAUAAAGAAAUAUAUAGCAUUGAAAUAUGACGUCAACAUGACUUCUUUGGUAUUUUAGAAAAUUUCUUUGCCUCUUUGUUAUGACGACAAUGUGACGUCCUUGGUAAUUGAAAGUGGGUGAUCGUGACGUCGCGUCUAUGUCAUUGGUAGCAAAGUGUUUAAUUUCCAGUAAAAAAAUUUCAUUUAAAAUGAUUAAAUAUUGAUAAUCUUUUUUGACUUGAUCAAGACAAAUGAGAAUAUUUCUGUUGAAAUUUGUGGACUUUGAAAUACUUUGCCUACCUUUCAUGACCUUUGUCACAUUAAAAACUGCGCAAAUUCUUGUCUCGAAGCAGAGGAAGUGUGUCCAGAUGGCUUCUCUGUGCUGAAACCAGAAUUCUUUGGUACGGGUGCUGAUAACAUUUUCACCCCAUCAAGAGACCCCAGCUCCAUCGAAUUUGAAGUUAAAGUCACGGACAAACGAGUGCAACAAAUUAAUGUGACAUCAGUCACGUUGAAAUUAUACGGAAUCCUCACAGUCUACGUCAUCCUCACAUAUAAGGAUGGAGUUACCAUAAACAAUAAGGUACAUUUGUCUAGUUGAACUCCUCAUAUGGUAAACUCAUCAUCAUCCUGAUCAAAAGCCAUCUUGGGCAUGUGCUCCUGGGCCUAAAAGCCAUGGUGAAAAAUAAGUGGGUCUUCCUUAGUUGGUCCUUUUACUAGACACUAGAUUUUUGUGUAGGUAAUUGUGGUCUGAUUGACCAUUCCCUCCAAAAUUUAUGGAAACAGCAUGGUGGAAUGUGGGGUCUAAGUGGCAAGAGCUCUUGUAGUUGGGGGGGGGGGGGGGUGGGUUCUAAAGGUUAAGAGCUUUCUUGGGGGUCUAAGGGGCAAGAACUUUCGUGGGGGGUGUAAGAACUUUUGCAUUGUCCCUUCCAUACCUUUUUGGCUGUAGAACAGAUAUGAAGCUGGUUUGGAAGGUCAACCUUGUAUGUUUUGGUAAUGGGGAGGGAGCUGUCUGCCUGCAGAACAGAUAUAGAGCUGGUUUGGCAAGUCACACUUCUAUGUUCUGAUAAUGGGGAGGGAGUUGUCUGGCUGCAAGGGCCGAGAUAAAAGCUGCUGGGGCUGGUCACCAGUUUGUGGUUGGACCACUUGUACAAAAGAUGGACCUAAUUCAUUAGCCAGUCGGAAGGCCUCCGCCCUCGGGCUCCACUUAGGUUGCAAUGGUGGUGUCUGAGCUUGAGGAUGCUAUUUUUAGUGAGUGGUUGAUAGAAGAGUGAUAAACUCUCAAUGGUUGUGUUAAUGUAGUAUGGUAAUUCUAGUGUGUUUAUUCUAGUCACUGUGUUAAAUCAUUUAGACCUAUCUCCUGUUGUGCAAGGAGGGAAAAAUUAGAUGUUUUUUGUAAGCGCAUUAGUGUCAACUAUAUUUUAUAAACACAUUGAUUAUAACUAUAUUUUGUAAGUUCAUUAAUUAAAAAUGUAUUUUUCUUUUUUUUUCUUUUUUUUUCCCACAAGACCAUCUUUUGUCAUUUCCAUUCCUUUCCUUAACUUAUUUUAAAGUUUAACAAAAUUGUUUAAAAAAUUCAUCUUUUCCAAUCACAGUUCAAUGUAGAAUCUGAGAUCGUGACUUAUUUCCCUGAAAAUGGAGUUGAAAUACAGAGCAUUUUCUUUCAACUUGAGGUUGAUGAAAAUAGUCAAAAAUAUGCAAGUGCACAGUAUCUUAAUGCUACAGGAUGCAUUGAAGGUAACAGCUGAUGAUUAUAUAUAUAUAUAUAUAUAAAUAUAUAUAUAUAUAUAUAUAUAUAUAUAUUAGUGACACAGAGUGUUUUAUUUAUAUUCUUGAGGUUGAUGAAAAUAGUCAAAAAUAUGCAAGUGCACAGUAUCUUAAUGCUACAGGAUGCAUUGAAGGUAACAGCUGAUGAUUAUAUAUAUAUAUAUAUAAAUAUAUAUAUAUAUAUAUAUAUAUAUAUAUAUUAGUGACACAGGGUGCUUUGAUGAUAUCAAUUAGAUUUCAUAUUGUCAGUUCAGCAUUUCAUAAGUUUUAAUUUUUGAAAUGCAACAUUUUUUUAGAUUGGAUAUUUAAAAUGCUGCAUUAGAUUGCAUUUUGGGAUUUAACCCUCAAACUGUAGUCGGCCGACAAAAUCGGCCGAUAUUCUCGUUCUGUUGUGUGGCAGCCGAAAAAAAUCGGCCGAUAAAAAGCAUGGUCCGAUAGCAACUUCCAAUCCAAUAUUUAACCGAAAUUAUAGCCACUUCCUUCUAUUAAUAAUUUAAUCAACUUCCGGGUCAAGCGUUUUCUUGAUAACUUAACAAUAAGUACUUUUUAAUCGGAAUUUUAUAUUUCUGUUUUUUUUAUAGCUAAAAUUGCGGAAGCUAUGACUGGGCCUUCAGUGCGAGAACUAAUAUAAGUAUUUUUGAAAGCUUUUUAGGAGAGGAUUUAAGUGAUACUGAUGAUGAUUUUAAUAUCCCCACGACAUCUCACUUCAGAUUCUUCUUUUCGUGAAUGAUACUAGUAUUAGUGAUACUGAAGUAGGCCUACUGAGGCUACUGUUUGAGCCAGGCCUGGAGGUUGGGCAAGGACUGACUGAAUUUUAGUCACAGAAGCUACAGAUUAUAGAUCAGAACUAAUAAAUUUUAUAGUUUAACAACCCAAAUCAGUUCCACAGUUCCUUUUUAAAUGUUUACUAGUCAAUAAUAACUAUUCUGCCUGAGAUUUUGUAUUUUGUGCUUGGUUUUAGCUGUGGUCCCAGUUUCUAAUAUAAAUGACCUAAAAUUACUAAAAUUGCUUUUAGAGGUUUAAUUGUAAUCAAAACCUUAGCAAACUAUACAUUUUCUUAAAGAUAAAUGAAUUGGCUACAAAUUUAGAUUGCGUUUUAAGUGUAUAUAUAAAAUUAAUGAUGUUAUGAGCACUUGAAAGCAACACAUUUUGUCGAUUUUUAUUCUCUUGAGCACUCCAAGGUCAAGGACACUGAGCAAAAUUUUUUUUACGGGGUGGGCAAUAUAGCCAACUUUAUCCCCACCCAUUUACCUUUCUAAAAAUAUAUAAUUAUUGGGGUCUUGCAUCAAUAUUUCUAUGUCAUUUAAUGCAAUUUCAAAAGACACUCAAAAGGCUCUGAAAAGCUCCACACCACAGAAUGAUGCAUGCCACAGUUCGAGGGUUAAAAUGGGAGCUGAGAAAAAAAAUGCAUUUGACAAAGUGUAUGAAAGGCAAUUCAAAAAUAGAUUUCUCUAACUGAUGUUAAACUACAUUGAGCUAAAUGUUUUAGAUAGUUCACAACAGUUUUUCUUUGUCAUUAUGGCAUUUCUUUUUUAUACAAAUGAAACGUUCAUCUGUGUAAUUUGUUCCUCCAGUGGCCAACUGCACUCUUGGUUAUUGUAAAGAUGUAUGUCUAGACACAAUUACAGAUCUAUGCUAUUCCCAAUGCCCACCUGAGUAUUGUUGUAAGUUUUUUUUUUUUUUUUAAAGAAUUGUAUAUGUUUUUGAUGCUAUCUUCAUUAGUUUAUAGUGUUACAGAUUUUACUUUUCGGUAUGAUAACAAUAGAAUUUUUUUUUUUUUUUUAUUUUUUUUUUUUUUUUCAUUACCCACCUAAGUUUUUUUUUAAGUUUUUUUUUUUUUUUUUAAAGAAUUGUAUAUGUUUUUGAUGCUAUCUUCAUUAGUUUAUAGUGUUACAGAUUUUACUUUUCGGUAUGAUAACAAUAGAAUUUCAUUUACUUUAAAAAUUACUCUGUUUUAACUCUUUUAGUAUAGAGUCUUCAUCUGCCCUUGGAAUGACUUAAAUUCUUGAGCACAAGAAAAGUUAAAAGUCCCUAAGAUAUGAUCAAUAAGCUCUGAUAACUAGUCUGAUAGCCUUGACUUUGAUAUCAGUGUAAAAUGUAAUGAAAGGAGAAAGUUAAAUUAUAAAACCUGUAAAUAAUAUCUAUUAGACUUCAUUUCAGACCACAGUUGUGGAAAGAGAGCUGUUAUAUAGCAAUUUCCAAUUUCCAUUUAAAAUAUUAGCAAUAAUUAUACAUUCCAUUCAGUUAAACGAUAUUGAAUCAAUGAUUCAUACUAGCUUUCAUAUAGCAUACAUUCCAUUCAGUUAAACGAUAUUGAAUCAAUGAUUCAUACUAGCUUUCAUAUAGCAUACAUUCCAUUCAGUUAAACGAUAUUGAAUCAAUGAUUCAUACUAGCCUUCAUAUAGCAUACAUUCCAUUCAGUUAAACGAUAUUGAAUCAAUGAUUCAUACUAGCUUUCAUAUAGCAUACAUUCCAUUUACUCUAAGUAGACGUUUUGUGUUAAUUUAUAAGUAGCCUUAAAUACAAUAACAUCAAAUUUAAAAAAAAUUGAGACUUCUUAUGGACAGUUGUUUUUGUUAAAAUAUAUCCAGCAGAUAAAUAGUCUUAUCAAAUAUUAUUUAGCAUUUAAAAGGUUUUUAACCAAAAUAAAAAAUUUGACAAUGUGAUUCCAAAAAACCUAUUUAGAAAAUGACACAGUCAUUUAUUACAACUAUUCAAGACCAGAGCUUUUAUUUUGACUGCAGAUGUUUAAUGCAGUAAUUCUAUUUUUAACAGUUACUACUCCUACGACCACCACAAGUACUAUAGCCACUCCAACACAAAGCACUCCCAGUACCCAGAGUACUUCAGAAUCAUCAAGAACUCCCAUUUUUUCAAGCACAACCACUCUUGAAACACGAAGCACCAUAAGCUUGACCAGCACCCAAAGUGCAUCCAGUACACCUGGCACCACUGUUAUGCCAGGUCAAACUGAAUAUACUCUAAGACCAACGCCACCGGUGUCACCAAACAUUCCAGUGUCUUCCAGCACUCCAACAGGUUUGUCAUGUUGUUUUUAGCACUGAGAUGUCACCAAGUACUUAAGCUGUUAAAUCUUGGUCAUGAAAGUCAUGUGAACAGGAACAUUAUAAUGACUAGUCUUAUAUGAGAUGAAUUAUGUAUCACAGAAGUCAUACUUGGUCAUCUAUAUAGGAUUGUAAUGAAAGCGCUGUAAUAUUGUUGUGUUUUGUAUGUUCUUAUGGUUAGGAGAAACUCAGAUAUUACAGUUUAAAAACAUGUGCACAAAUGAAUAUCACACUGUGUUUAAAUUUGUAUUGUUUUAAAAAAAAAAAAAAAUUUGCAUUCAAUUUUUCUAUUUUUUUAAUAGAAAUAACAACAUCAGCUCCACUUGAAACUACAACCCCACAAGGUAUUUCCAUUUAUGCUUAGCUAAAAUUCAACAAUUCAACAAUUUUAUUACACUGUAAAAAUAAAAAUAAAUUUUUUUUCUUUAAAUGCUGAAAGUUUGUAUUGACCAAAUCUUAAGUAAUAAGAAUAUUGUUAAUUCCUGGCUAUUGAAUGAGUAGAUUUAGUGUUUAUUGCUGGCUCUGGGUGAUAAGAUUCAGCGUUGAGAGUAGAUUUAGUGUUUAUUGCUGGCUAUUGAAUGAGUAGAUUUAGUGUUUAUUGCUGGCUAUUGAAUGAGUAGAUUUAGUGUUUAUUGCUGGCUAUUGAAUGAGUAGAUUUAGUGUUUAUUGCUGGCUAUUUAUGAGUAGAUUUAGUGUUUGUUGCUGGCUAUUGAAUGAGUAGAUUUAGUGUUUGUUGCUGGCUAUUCAAUGAGUAGAUUUAGUGUUUAUUGCUGGCUUUUGAAUGACUAGAUAUAGUGUUUAUUGCUGGCUUUUCAAUGAGUAGAUUUAGUGUUUAUUGCUGGCUCAGGGUGAUAAGAUUCAGCGUUGAGAGUAAAUUUUGUGUUAAUUGCUGGCUAUUCAAUGAGUAGAUUUAGUGUUUAUUGCCUGCUAUUCAAUGAGUAGAUUUAGUGUUUAUUGCUGGCUAUUGUAUGAGUAGAUUUAGUGUUUAUUGCUGGCUAUUGAAUGAGUAGAUUUAGUGUUUAUUGCUGGCUAUUGAAUGAGUAGAUUUAGUGUUUAUUGCUGGCUAUUGUAUGAGUAGAUUUAGUGUUUAUUGCUGACUUUUGAAUGAGUAGAUUUAGUGUUUAUUGCUGGCUAUUGAAUGAGUAGAUUUAGUGUUUAUUGCUGGCUAUUGAAUGAGUAGAUUUACUGUUUAUUGCUGGCUAUUGAAUGAGUAGAUUUAGUGUUUAUUGCUGACUUUUGAAUGAGUAGAUUUAGUGUUUAUUGCUGGCUAUUGAAUGAGUAGAUUUAGUGUUUAUUGCUGGCUAUUGAAUGAGUAGAUUUAGUGUUUAUUGCUGGCUAUUGAAUGAGUAGAUUUAGUGUUUAUUGCUGACUUUUGAAUGAGUAGAUUUAGUGUUUAUUGCUGGCUAUUGAAUGAGUAGAUUUAGUGUUUAUUGCUGGCUAUUGAAUGAGUAGAUUUACUGUUUAUUGCUGGCUAUUGAAUGAGUAGAUUUAGUGUUUAUUGCUGGCUAUUGAAUGAGUAGAUUUACUGUUUAUUGCUGGCUAUUGAAUGAGUAGAUUUACUGUUUAUUGCUGGCUAUUGAAUGCCUUGUAGUACAAACAUGUAAGCCUCCCUUCAUGCAAUUGCCAUUUCUAAAAACAAUAUUCAUUCAUGGUCCACUCCUACUAUGCUUUUAAAAAAGACCAAGAUCUCUCAGCCUAGUUUAAUAUUAUCCUUAGUGCAAAGAUUUGUGGUUCUUCCAUCAAAAUCGUCCAGGACCAUCGAGUUAUCCAGUAAGGGGGGUGGGUGUGUUACGGUGAGCUUGUAGGUGGCUUGCUAGUCUGAUCCAUGCUUGGAAUAAUCUCUGGCACCGCAGGCAGGGGAUAGUUGCUGCAGAAGGUGAUCUAAUAUUGCUCUUUUGGGCUACCCUGCGUGUCUCAGCUGUGGUUAUCCUACUGGCUUCAUGAGAUUUAUACCCCUUCUUGAUAGCUGCUCUCCACCUUGCUCUGUCCUGGGCUACCUGCACCCAUUGAGUAGGGUCGAUGCUGAAGGCCUUUAGUGCAACUUUCAGUGAGUCUUUGUAAUGCUGUUUUUUACCUUCUUGGGAGCGCUUGCUAUUGUUAGUUCUCUGAAGAAUAUCAGUUUUGGGAGCUGGUGGUCUUCAAUACGGGGUACGUGUCCCAUGCAAUGGAGUUGAGACUGCAUCAGGGUGGUGGAGAUACUAGGCAGUUUAGCUAUAGCGAGGACCUCUGUGUCAGGAAGUUUGUCUUGCCACCUAAUGCUGAGGAGUUUGCUGAGGCAGGUUGUGUGAAAAUGGUUCAGUUUCUUGGCAUGAUGCUGGUAGACUGUCCACGUUUCACAUCCAUAGAGCAAUGUUGAGAGGACUGCAGCGCUAUAGACCUUGAUUUUCGUUUCUCGUCUGAUACCUCUCCUGUCCCAAACAGUGCUGCAGAGCCUGCCAAAUAUGGCACUAGUUUUUGCGAGUCUGGCAUUAAUUUCAUCAUCCAUGAGGACAGAUCUGGAGAGGGUGCUGCCCAAGUAAGUAAAUUUAGCCACCGCAUUAAGACGCUAUCUGCUGAUGAUGAUGUUUGACUCAACGUAGGGCUUACUGGGAGCUGGCUGAUACAUCACCUCAGUCUUCUUUGUGUUGAUUGUGAGGCCAAAGUUAUUGCAGGCCUCAGAGAAGACAUCAGCGCUGUGUUGCAUGGCGGCUUCUGAGGCAGCAUUGAGGUCACAUUCAUCCGCAAACAGAUGCUUGUGUGAAUAAUUAGACAUCAACAUGUAUUAACAGUUCUGAAAGUAACCACAUGAAUUGCACUUGAGUGAUUCCAAAAGUUAUCCUAUUUAAAAAAAUCAACAAUGAUUUAACAGGGCAAAAUGAAAUCAAAGCAGUUCAUUAAAUUAGAUUUGUAAAGAAUACUAGAUUUGUAAAGUAUACUCGUCAAAAUAUUUAUGACUGCAUAUGUUUAGUGCAAUAAUUAUACACUCUACAGUUACUACCCCAUCCACCACCACAAGUACAAUAGCAACUCCACCGCAAAGCACUCCCAGUACCCAGAGUACUUCAGAAUCACCAACAACUCCCAUUUUUUCAAGCACAACCACUCUUGGUUCUACUCAAAGUACAACGCCACCACAGUCACCAAACAUUCCAGAGUCUUCCAGCACUCCAAGAUCAACAGGUAUUACUCUAAAAAAUCUUUUCCUGUGGAUUAUAAGUUUUGUGUAAAAAUCAAUGUUACAAAGAUAAAAGACUUGGCUGCGCAAAUUUGAAAAUGAUACGUGAUCAGAACACACCAUUUUCAAAAGCCAUAAAGCAGCACGCAUUAGGUAAAGAUUUAAAAAGGAAACUCAAAUUUUAAUUUUUGUUUCCAAAUAUGGUUACUUAGAAAACUUUGUAAGAAUAUUUUUAGUAACUCAUUUCUUUGUCCAACAGUAACAACAUCAACAACGUUUGAAACAACCACCCCAAAAGGUAUUUGAACAUAGAAAAAAAUAUUUAUCUUUAACUCAUUGCUGAUGACAGUGCUACCUCUGUACUUAAUUUAUAUUCCUGAAAAAGGGAAGUAGCUCCAUUUUGCUAGUCAUUUACAUUUGUAAAAUAUUUUUUGAAGCUUUUAAAUAUUAAUUAAUAUUAAUAAAUUAAGAAUAAAUGCAUCCAGACAUGAAUUAGGUUCAAUAAAAGUAUAACAUUAAUGGCAAACAAAUAACGAGCAAUGACCAAAAAAUCAAUUUUUGGCACCUCAGAUAAACACAAGCUAGUUAUGUGCUGUCCUAAAGCAUCGGAUGAACACAUGGUAGUUAUAUACUGUACUAAAGAAUCGGAUGAACACAUGCUAGUUACAUACUGUACUAAAGCAUUGGAUGAACACAUGCUAAGUAUGGACUGUACUAAAGCAUCGGAGGAACACAUGCUAGUUAUGUACUGUACUAAAGCAUUGGAUGAACACAUGCUAGUUAUGUACUGUACUAAAGCAUUGGAUGAAGACAUGCUAGUUAUGUACUUAUGUACUGUCCUAAAGCAUUGGAUGAACACAUGCUAAUUAUGGACUGUACUAAAGCAUCAGAUGAACACAUGCUAGUAAUGUACUGUACUAAAGCAUCAGAUGAACACAUGCUAAGUAUGGACUGUACUAAAGCAUCGGAGGAACACAUGCUAGUUAUGUACUUUACUAAAGCAUCAGAUGAACACAUGCUAGUUAUGUACUGUCCUAAAGCAUCAGAUGAACACAUGCUAAUUAUGGACUGUACUAAAGCAUUGGAUGAACACAUGCUAGUUAUGUACUGUCCUAAAGCAUGGGAUGAACACAUGCUAAUUAUGGACUGUACUAAAGCAUCGGAUGAACACAUGCUAGUUAUGUACUGUCCUAAAGCAUCAGAUGAACACAACUUAAUUAUGUACUGUACUAAAGCAUGGGAUGAACACAUGCUAAUUAUGUACUGUACUAAAGCAUCGGAUGAACACAUGCUAGUUAUGUACUGUACUAAAGCAUUGGAUGAACACAUGCUAAUUAUGUACUGUACUAAAGCAUGGGAUGAACACAUGCUAAUUAUGUACUGUACUAAAGCAUCGGAUGAACACAUGCUAGUUAUGUACUGUACUUGUACUAAAGCAUCAGAUGAACAUAUGCUAGUUAUGUACUGUCCUAAAGCAUCAGAUGAACACAUGCUAGUUAUGUACUGUCCUAAAGCAUUGGAUGAACACAUGCUAAUUCUGGACUGUACUAAAGCAUUGGAUGAACACAAGCUAGUUAUGUACUGUCCUAAAGCAUUGGAUGAACACAUGCUAAUUAUGGACUGUACUAAAGCAUCAGAUGAACACAUCUUAGUUAUGUACUGUACUAAAGCAUCAAAUGAACACAUGCUAGUUAUGUACUGUACUAAAGCAUGGGAUGAACUAAUGCUUGUGUUAAGUCAGUGGUUAUUAACCUCAUUGUAAUAACAUCUAACAAGGUUUGCCUGCUGGCAAUUAGGAUUAUUCCUAGAGUUUGAGACUAGUGCGGAGAUACUAAUAACUAUAUUUGACUAAUCAAUAUUUUAUAAUUGAUAACUUUUUUUAUAUACCUUUCUGGCAAUUUUAUUUUCUUUAUAAUUUCAUUAUAUAUAUUUUUACGAACGUUUUUUAAACUUUGAUGAGCAUUAAAGGUUUAAUUUUAAGUCGGUUUCGUAUAUUACCCCUAAAAGCUGCAAAAUGUCAUAGAAAACUGAUAUCUUACCUACAAAAAAAACUUUUGAAUUUUCUAAAAAAUUUAUGAUUGGUGGAAAAAAUCCAAAAAGUAAACAAAAAAUAAUUGAAUUCAAUUUUUUUUAACGAAGUGGCUAUAGGGACCUGGGUCCCAGAAGUGAGAGGUUUGGAUUAAAAAAUAUUUGAAAUAUUAUUGUUGGGUUGUGAGAGACAAAUUAGUAUCCAAUGAAAGAUAAUUGAAUGGACUAUAAUAUGUUUGUUAACUUACUUCUUUAGUUUAACUAAAAUAAACUACCACAAAUGAUAUCCAAAAAGCAUUUAAUCUAAAUGGACCCGGGUUUGAAUAGCGGUUAUGCGUGUCUGGGUCCCUUAAGACUAAAUGCUUUUUGGAUGUCACUUGUGGAAGUUAAUUUUAGUUAAACUGAAGAAGUAAGUUUAAAAACAUAUAGUCCAUUCAAUUAUCUUUCAUUUGAUACCUCAUUUUGUCUUAAAAGCCCUACAAAAAUAUUUAAAAUAUUUUUUAAUAAACCCAAACUCUCACUUCUGACACCCAGGUCCGAUUAAGCGCAGCCUUUCCUUAAUGCACUUUAUUUUAAAAAAUAAAUUAAAGAACUUAUUAUAAUUUUAAAAAAUCUUCUGGCAUGUAAAGGAGAAAUCAUUUUUUUUAAUGCCUAUAUUAUUGUAAAAAAUAUAAUUAUGACAAUCACAAUGAGUGCUAUCAGUCCAAAUAAAAUUAAAGAUUUCCAUUAAAGGUAGUACAAAAAGAUAAUGUUCUUACAAAACCAUUGUAAUCAUUCAAAUAUUAGUCUCACCAGUUUCAAGUAACUAUCAAUUAAAAGUUAAAUAAAUAUUGAUAUAAAAUUCACUUGGUUCUGGAGAAUACUGAUAAAAAAUAAAUUAUUACAUUUUCUAGGCACCACUGCUACAACAACAACAAGUACAAUAAUAACUCCCCCAGAAGGUACUCCAGGAUCACCUAGCACUCAAGGGUCUAUAAGUACUCCUGGCUCGCCAAGUACACCUGAAUCCCUAAGCACUCCUGGAUCACCAAGCACACCAGAGAGCACUCCAGGGUCACCAAGCACACCAGGU